AUGCUUCAGAUUGUUGCACUUGCCGCGGCAAUUGGUGCAGGAACUACCAGGCCGUUGAUGACAAUUGUUUUCGGCAGUCUUGUCAAUGACUUCAAUAACAGCAAUGCAAUCCAACCGUCUCAAUUAAAAUUACUAGUCAAUCGCAAUGUUCGGUAUUUCGUCUACUUAUUUGUCGCUCAAUUCUUGUUGACCUAUAUAUUUUCUUCAACAUUGUCCAUAGUGUCAGCUCGAAUAUCACGCAAUCUACGCUUGUCAUACUUGCGAGCUAUUGUGCGUCACGACCAAUUGUAUUGGGAUACGGCUGCCAGACGAUCGGCAGCCAAUGAUAUCUCCAAUGAAGCAACCCAGAUCAAGACCGGCUUGUCCGAAUCCCUCGGGAUUGCUGCACAAGCCUGUUCAACCGUUGCAACGGCGUUCAUUAUAGCUUUCACGCAAAGCUGGAGAUUAACUUUGGUCAUGUCCACAGCUAUUGUCACCCUUUUCUCUGGAUUCUACCUCAUAUCCCGUGCUGAAACUCGGUCAGAGGGUCGUAUAUCCUUGAUAUACUCCGAUGCAGCUGCCUUGCUGGAAGAAGUCUUCUCAAGCAUUCAAACAGUCAUGGCCAUGGGUGCUGAACCUAAACUUUUGAAAAGAUAUGGCAGCCAUUUAGACAAGGUCAAGAUAUUAAGGCUAAGGAGAAGUCCUAUAUCAGGUGUCAAGUUUGUUCUUAGCUAUUUUGUUUUACUUUCGGCAUACGCGCUGGCGUUUUGGUACGGAGUCAAGCUAGUUGUCAGUGAUAAAGUUCGACGCAGCGGGAACGUGGUAAUUGUCAUUCUUUGUGUCAACAUGUCAACGAACGCCCUUCGCCUACUUCUUCCAUCAUGGACCAUACUUACACAAGCGACAGCGAGUGCGCGGUCAAUUUUACUUCCAUUUUUGCAUAAGCCAACAAUAGACCCAUUCAGCAGGGAGGGAAAGUUCCCCGGUGAGUUUCUAGGACGUAUAGAAAUAUGUAAUGCCAGCUUUAGUUAUCCUUCUAAACCUUCCAUCAAGACACUAGAGGGUGUCAGUAUCGUCUUUGAGAGAGGAAAGACAACCGCAGUCACCGGUCCUAGCGGUUGCGGUAAGAGUACAAUAAUUAAUCUUUUGGAAAGAAAUUACGACUUAUCGAGUGGUCGAAUCUUACUUGACGGUGAAGAUAUAAAAGAUUUAAACGUCGGCUGGCUUAGGUGUCAAAUUGGCUUAGUUCAACAAGAUCCAAUUCUGUUCAAUGAAAGCAUAUUCCAGAAUGUUGCGAAUGGCAUCCAUAGUCAAAUGUCAAGUACUCUUACCCAGGGCCAUAUCACUGAGCUCGUAUAUCAAGCCUGUAAAGACGCAAAUGUCCAUGAAUUCGUCUCACAACUUCCACAAGGGUAUGAGACUAUUGUUGGAGACCGCGGUAGCAGUAUCAGUGGAGGCGAAAGACAGCGAAUAGCUAUAGCGCGAGCAAUUAUCUCAAAUCCGCCAAUUUUACUAUUGGAUGAAGCAACCUCAGCUCUAGAUGCAAAUUCCGAGGGUAUUGUGCAGGCUACCCUUGAAAAGCUUUCACUCAACCGGACCACAGUUGUUAUAUCCCAUAAACUGGCAACAAUUCAGAAAGCGGAUAAAAUUGUCCUUAUCAAAGACGGACGCGUAGUAGAGGAGGGUACCCAUGCAGAUCUUUGCAGUCAAGGAGGAGCUUACCAGCGCCUAGUUGAGGCUCAAGAUGUACAAUCUGUCCAUGUGAAGACAAUUCAUAAACGAGAAAUCGAUAAUCCUAUUACUGAUCUGAAUGCACAAGAAUUCACUGACGAGAAAGCUCCAAUGAGCAGUAUACAUACCAGCAUCGAUAUUCCGCUGAUCGUUCAAGAUGCUACGUCUUCCCAACAAAAAUCACUAGUGCGAUGUUUGGGUAUAAUCAUGAGAGACCUGAGACAUUAUCGUCUAAUGUUCAUAAUCGGUACUCUAGCAUGCAUUAUUUCCGGUGGCAUCUAUCCAAGUCAAUCCAUCGUAUUUGCCAAGUCAGUCACCGUUUUUGAAUUUCAUGGGGACUCGUUGAAACACAAUGGCGAUUUUUGGGCUUUGAUUUGGUUUAUUCUGGCUCUUGGGGUGUGCUUAGCAUUUGGAGCCAUGGGUACAAUAUUUUCUGCUAUUGCUGCAAUUGUUGGACAUCAUUACAGAGGAAGCUAUUUUGCCGAAAUCCUUGCUCGAGAUGCAGAUUUCUUCACGACAGACGACCACAGCCCAGGCAGCCUGACUGCCCAGCUAACAUCUCGUACCCAGCAACUCGAAAACUUAAUGUCAACAAGCCUUGGACUCAUCCUCGUUGUGAUCGUAAACCUGGUUGCCUCUUGUGUUUUAUCGUUACUCGAGUCGUGGAAGCUUGCGCUCGUAGCCAUAUUUGGAAGCUUACCUGUGAUUAUACUUGCGGGCUAUUUGCAUGUAAGACUGGAAUCCACUUCCAAAGCUCGAGAUCAAAUCCUUUUCCACGAAAGCGCCAGCUUCAUCAGCGAGAUUACUGCAUCAAUCAAAACAAUUGCCUCGCUGACAAUGGAGGCAAACGUAUGUGAAAAGCUGGAUCAAAAGCUACAAGGGCCUAUGAACAGAAUUUUUAGAGAAACUUUCACGAGCAUGUUGCUCUUCGCGUUUUCUCAAAGUGCAAGCCUUCUUGGGAUGGCACUUGCGUUUUGGUACGGUGGGCAUUUGUUGGCCGAUCGAGAGAUCAAUGGUUAUGAACUGUUUGUGAUAUUUCUAGCUAUUGUAUCCGGUGGAGAGGCUGCAGGAAGCUUUUUUGCCCAAUCCAACAAUAUUGCCCAGGCACACUCAGCUGCGAAUCAUAUUUUGAACAUGAAAUUGGCUCCGAGAUUCCAGGUAUCGGAAAUAGCAGUUAUUCCCCCUCCUAGUCCUAGUGAUACAAUAGAUUUUUGUCAUGUCUCUUUCCACUACGCUUCACGUCCGGAAACCCUUGUUCUGAAAAAUCUCAGUUUCAAGGCAAAGUAUGGAGAAAAUCUAGCAAUAGUUGGAGCGUCCGGCUCCGGAAAGUCCACUGUCAUCGCACUUCUGGAAAGGUUCUAUAAGCCCACUCAAGGAGUGAUACUUUUCCGAGGAACGCCAUUGGACUCCACCGAUAUGAUAAAAUAUCGCUCCCUUGUCUCGUUGGUAUCUCAACAAACAUGUCUUUACCAAGGUUCCGUUCGCCAGAAUAUUCUUCUAGGUAUCCCGAACGACGAGGCUAUUAGUGAAGAUGUUAUCACACGCGCAUGCAGAGAUGCAGAUAUUCACGAGUUCAUCACUUCGCUCCCACAAGGUUAUGAAACGCAGAUUGGAAACCGUGGACUUUCUCUCAGUGGCGGACAGCGGCAGCGUAUCGCUAUCGCACGAGCCUUAAUACGAGAUCCGGCAGUGUUGCUGUUAGACGAAGCUACGAGCGCGCUUGAUAUACAGAGUGAACGCCAAGUUCAACAAGCCCUGAACAAUGCGACGAAGGGUAGAAUUACGAUUACGGUUGCACAUCGACUGUCGACUAUUAGAUCUGCGAGCCAGAUCUUGGUUCUUUCGCAAGGCGAAUUAAAGGAAGUCGGGACACAUGAUGAACUUUUCGCACAGAAAGGUUUGUAUUUUGAUAUGUGCCAGAUGCAAGCUUUUGCGGAGAACUAA